AUGGGUCCCAACGCCACCCUUCCUCUCUGUCUCUUCCCCCUCAUAUUUUUCUCUACGGCCGUUACAGCAGAUAACAUCACUAAGGCGUUCGAGAAGUACUCCGACUUCAGCACCAUGAAUGAUCUCUUGAUCAAAACCAAGCUCACGGUACCCAUAAGCAAGUACCUGACCAUAACCUUACUUGCUGUUAACAAUAAAGCCAUCAGCCCCAUCGUUAACAGAUCCGACGUUGAGGUCAAGAACAUUCUCAUGAAUCAUGUCAUUCUUGAUUACUACGAUGAGAUCAAGUUUAAAGGGAUGAAGGAGAAGAGCAUAAUGUUCACUACCUUAUACCAAACAACCGGUUUAGGUGAAGAGAUGAAUGGUUUCCUCAACUGUACCAAAUCAAAAGGAAAAGUUUACUUUGGAUCAGGAGUGAAGGGUUCACCUUUGGUCGCUGAGUAUGUUAAGGAGUUGUACGACAAUCCAUAUAACUUGUCUAUAAUCCAGAUUAGCAUGCCUAUUGUGGCUCCUGGACUCAGCCUUGAACUUUUCCCUCCUCCACCUCCACCUGCUCCUUUAGCUCCACCUCCAUCUCCUACGGAUGCUGCAAAUGCUCCAGGUCCUGAACCAGCUGAUGAAGAUACUACUAUUCCAAAACGUACAACAGAUUCACAGGAGGUUGAUUCUCCAGCUCCUACUCCAAGCGCCGAUAAUGAGAAGAUUGAAGCUGCUGAUAAGGCUAUGCCAUCCUCUCCUGCUUGUAAAGCAGGUUUUAGAUUUCGUGUUGUUCUCUUGAUAGCUUUGCUGGUUUCCAUGUUUGGAAUUAGGUAA